AUGGUUGACCGAGGCCUCUUCGACAAACAGUAUCACACAGCAGCAUCGUUGGUUGGAAUCCCAGCGUUGCCAAGCCAAGAGAGACCAAACCACUCGCGAAGGAAAUUUCUCGGGUCAUCGUUCCAACCGAGCAACUGGGAUGUCAUAUGCCACAAUUCUAAAGAGUAUCAGGACCACAUUGGAAACAAGAGGUUCAAGAUUUGCGUUGAAAAUCAUCUAAGCUCGUAUAUGAAGGCACCUUCCAGGAUUGCCAAGUCUGUGGUCAUCACGAACCUUGUCAACAGCAUUAGAGAUAGCGCGACAGAACAAGGAGGUGGCGGCUUCGUCCGGUUUGACAACUCAUGUGGACUUUGGUACGAAGUUGGUGAGAAGAUUGCCCGAGAUAAAGUGGGACAAGCCCUAAGGGAAGCAGCUCGUCUCCAAGACGAGAAACAAAAGUCGCGGACUAUUGACCUGUCAUCAUCGUCACAUCCUUCUCUGGUCGGUCCAUUUCCUCUUUCAGAACCCAGCAUCGUAAAAUCAACAGCUUCAGGAGGCGAGCAUGAGCAAGCGUCAAUUGGCAAGUGGGUCCCCAAAGGAGUUCCCGGAAGGCUCUCUCCUUUUUCGCAUGCGACCUCCAAUAAUGAGGACAGCCGCACAAGUGCUAGCAACAGUCGCCGUAGCUUCUGGUUUCGGCGUAACGUAUUGGAAAUAAUGCCCCCAAAAGAAAGGGAUACUCAAAACUCCAGCACCACCGACGAGAUGAUGACGGAUUUUGUUGAAUCAGCGGAAGGAGGCCAGCAGCAAGCACCAGGGUCUUCUGGCACCAGGCCCAUGCCCUUCUCCUCUAAUGAUCACGUAUUGCUUCCAUCAUCAUUACCAGCAUCACCAGCAAUGCCACCGUCAUCAAUGGGGGGAGUUGAGACUGCGGAUGCCUUGUUGGAAUGGUUCGAAAAUGACGACGUUUGA